CUUUUGUUAAUUCUUCCUACAUCCGUAAAUUCGGUUUCGCUUCUCUACACUAGCUUCAACUCUUCCUUUCGUACCUGCAUUCAUAACGCUUUAGCUUGCGAAAAACUUGGAACAAAAAUCAUGGCAACCGCUGCACCUAACGGAUCCGCUCAGGACCAAGCGGCUGUGGGCAUUCUAAAGACGCCGAUUACUGCUCCCCUCGAAGGGUGUUCACCUCCCGCUAAGGACCCUCUAACCAAGGAACAAGAAACCAAGUAUAAUUGGCUCUUGGAGCAAGUCAAGAAAUGGACUGAAGUUCCUUCCACCAAGGGCAAAGGCGGUCCUCUCACCGAUUCUGAGCGCAUGUGGUUGACCCGCGAGUGCUUGCUGCGAUAUCUGCGCGCAACAAAGUGGGUUGAGAAGGAUGCGGAGAAGCGCCUUAGGGAGACAUUGACGUGGCGGAGGGAGUUCGGCGUUGCCGACCUGACUUGGGAUCACAUUUCGCCCGAGCAAGAGACAGGCAAGCAGGUCAUUCUCGGCUUCGACAAGGAGGGGAGGGUGUGUCACUAUCUCUGCCCCGGCCGGCAAAACACGCAGCCAUCUCAUCGCCAGGUUGAGCAUCUGGUCUUCAUGCUCGAAAGAGUAUUGGAUCUUCUCCCUGCGCAGCGCGAGAAGCUGGUGCUUCUCAUCAACUUCAAGCAGGGCAAAAACCGCUCCUAUACGGCUCCGGGCAUUGGACAGGCCCGUGAAGUCCUCAACAUCCUGCAAACGCAUUACCCGGAGAGGCUUGGGCGCGCCCUCAUUGUGAACGUCCCAUGGGUUGUGCAGGGCUUCUUCAAGCUCAUCACCCCCUUCAUCGAUCCUCUGACCCGUGACAAGCUCAAGUUCAAUGAGGACAUGAGCAACUACGUUCCCAAGGAGCAACUUUGGACAGAGAUCAGCGGCGGUGCACUCGAGUUUGAAUACGACCACUCGGUUUAUUGGCCUGCUCUUCGCAAGAUUUGCGAAGAACGUCAGGCCGAUAGGGAGAAGAGGUGGACAGCCGGUGGCAAGCAGAUUGGAGAGCUUGAGGACUACCUUGGAGGAAAAGCUAGCCAGGGAAUUGUGCCGCCUUCUGCUGCAACUACCGAUGCCACUGCUACUGCCACUGCCACUACCACGUCUGCUGUACCCACUGCUACCCCCAGCGCGGCCGCUCAAGAGAGCGCUGCACCAGAGAAGCCAGCAGUUGAAGCAGCAAAGAAGGAUGAGGCUGGUGCAGUAACGGAGAAGCAAGCUGACAAGGUUGAGGAUUUGAAAGUUGACGAGCUGAAGGUCGCCGAAUAGACAAUGGGAAUGAUCCAUAAAUUACCUGGAGAGAAGACGACAGGCAGGAGACAGGUGCAAGGGGACAAUAGAGCAACAGUACCCCACGAUGCGCACCGGGCAUCAUAAUUCAUUAUUAGACACACUUUAAUGUUGAAAUUAUCAUUGGAAGAGUGCAGUAAAUAUAUGUAGAGAAUCAAAUGCAAAGGACGAAAUCACA